AUGGAUUCGUUUGCUCCAGCACCUGAUCAGUUUCCUGACGAGAAAGAUUCCUUCUGGACUACUUUUACCAACAAUGAUGACUGGAUAUGCGAGGGUCUUGAUGUCUCUGCUCUUAUUCCGACCUUACAGACUCCGGUCAGCCCUCCAAUUGAUGGACCAAGUCUCAACAUUCCGGAGAGAGAGAUUGAUUUGCCGCUUUUGUCGUCGGAGACCACGGUGCCCGAUACCCCAGUGCAUGCUAAAAUGGAGCUCAGCUUGGCCCAGUUGAAUGAGAAAGUGCAAAAUCUAGAAGAGGCGUAUUGUUUCCUGGAACUGAGAAAUAGCGGGCUCAGACUAAUAGCUCGCAGUGAGCUGUCCAAGAUGGAGGGAAGAGAAAGCGAAACAAGAAGCGGAUAG